AUGGUCAGUGGGUCACCGGACGCUGACCAAGUGAAGCGGCAGUGGGCGCAGGACAGGGUGCAGGCCUCUCACCUGCGAAGGAGCUUGGACCUCCUGGACAGGAUGCGGGAAGACAAAGAGCUUUUCAUUGAGAAAACAAGAGGGGAGCUGCGUGCCUGCCGCCAGCGGCUGGAGCUCCUCGGCCAGCAGCGGGAGAGUGUGGCCGCCAGGAUCGCCGAGGAGGAAGAGGCCCACAACACGGCAGCCGCGGGCCGUCUCCAGGCCGUGUGCAGGCGCCUGUGCUUGGAGCUGGAGGAAGAGCAAGAGCUGCAGGCGAAAAUCAAGGCCGUGCUGAAGGAGAACGAGCAUGCUCUGUGGCACAUUGAGAUGGAGAAGGGGCAGUUCGAGGACGCCCUGGAAGCCUACCAGGAGCAGGCUGAGGCCGCGGGGCGGUUCCGUCAGGCGCGUGGGGCCCAGCAGCUCCGCAGGGAGAAAGAGGCCUUGGGCAAGGCGGAGAGAGACCAGCUGCUGAGGAUUCGGUGGGCGAUCCCCUGCACACCCAGAAGGAGCGCGGGCUCCGGCAACCAGCAGCUGGUGGAGGCCGCGCAGAGGAGCCACCGGGCCGCCGUGGGCUUCCUGAAGGCAUCGUUGGGAAGAGUCCGGGAGCGGGAGAGGCAGCAGGAGCUGGAGAGCCGUGAGCACCUGCGGCGGCGCAUGGACGCGGUGCUGGCGCUGAAGAACAGCAUCGCCGCCAACCGGGAGACGCUGCGGAAGUUCCAAGCCUGGGGCCAGGCCAGGGCGGAGGAGGCCGAGCGGAAGGCGCAGGCCGAGAAGGAGGCCGUCCUGGCCCAGGGCGGGGACGCCUUCAAGCACCUUUCCCACCAGCGCCGUCGCCACGAGCUGGAGGCCCAGCGGCGGGCCUUUGAGGGGGAGCAGAAGCUGCGCACAGGCGAGAUCGUCAGCCGGAUUUUGAAAGAGGAGGCCGGGGAGGAAAAGCGGAGGAAGAAGCGGCAGCAGGCUGUCCAAACCGGCAAGUGGCGGACCCUGCGGGACAGGACCUGGCGCUACGUCUCCGACCUCGCCGAAGGGAAGCCCGUGGCCCAGAGCACCUGCGGCGCACUGGAGAGCGCCGCCGCGGUUCCCGAGCACCCUGCCUUGGUGAAGGCCAUCUCCAGCGAGUCCGUGCAGGGGGAGCCUGGCACCACCAACCCGGAGGAGGAGACGCUGGCAGAGCCUGAGAUCCCGGGGCUGUGGAAGGAGGACUCCAAGCCGUACCAGGUGCCCAAGGAGGAGGUGGAACGAAAGCCCGUGGGCGGGACCAAGAUGGAGAAGGACAUCCUGGCGCGCACGCUGCAGCGGCUGCGGGAGGGGCUGGUGCGCCGGCAGGUGGUGUGGGGGCGCGAGUUCACAGGCCGCCCCUUCAACAGCAAGCCCGAGCUCAUCCACUUCCAGGACUUCGAUGUCGGCAAAGUGUACAAGAAGAAGAUCACGCUGGUCAACGCCACCUACACCAUCAACUACUGCCGGCUGCUGGGCGUGGAGGAGCAGCUGAGGGACUUCAUCCACAUCGACUUCGACCCCCCGGGCCCCAUGUCGGCUGGGAUGUCCUGUGAGGUGUACAUCACCUUCAAGCCCAUGAUCAAUAAGGAUCUGGAAGGAAGUGUCUCGUUUCUGGCUCAGACGGGCAGAUUUUCUGUCCCACUGAAAUGUUCCACUAAGAAGUGCUCCGUGUCCCUGGACAAGGAGCUCAUCGACUUUGGCAGCUACUUGGUGGGUGAGACUGGCACCAGGACCCUCACGCUGACCAACGUCGGGGGCCUGGGCACCAGGUUCAAGUUACUUCUGGCCUCUGAGUUUGACGAGCUGGAAGAUUCUCAGUCUGGGCUCAAAACAAGCAGCCUCUGCACGUUCGAAGAUAAAAGCAUUUACGAGAAGGCGGUCAGCAGUCUCUCUGAGCCGCAGCUGGACGGCCAUGAGUCCUCUCCGCUGGACACCCAGAGCCGGAAGGGGUCGGAGAAGCUGCAGGAACCAGAGGAAGUGCUUGUGGUCCCUGUGGUGAUGACGAUGCCUCCCAGCGAGGGACAGAUGGAGAUCUCGCUGGGGGAGGUUACAGAGGGCGAGAUCGGGCCCUUCUGCUCGGUCAAGGUGCCGGUCACCUUCAGGCCUGUCAUCCCGGGAGAGGUCCAAGCCAGGUUCAAGGUGGUGUUUAAGAACCCACAGUGCCCGACGUUGUAUUUCAGAGUCGUCGGUGUUGCCAUGGACGUGCCCGUCUGGGUGCCGAAGCCCAGCGUGGACCUGAAGAUCUGCACGUAUGGCCGUCUCUACCAGGACUCCAUCCUUGUGCACACACGGUCGAAGGCCGCCCUGCGUCUGAAGUUUGAAGUGUGCCCAGAGCUGCGGGGCCACAUGGAGCUGCUUCCCGAGACGGGCUACAUCCAGGCCCUCUCCUCCUACACCGUGCAGCUCAAGUUCCUGCCCCGGCACUCCCUUCCAGAGGAUGCACACAAGUAUUUCGACCCCGAGAGCCGCGUCCUGGAGGCCCCGAUGACCAUAUGGGUGGCUGACCAGGUCAAGCCAGUGGGCUUCACCGUCCACGCCGUGGUCACCACCUCGGACCUGGAGAUGACCCCCUCCCAGCUGGACUUUGGCCACUGCACCAUCUACGAGGCCGUCAGGGCCGAGAUUGACCUCUUCAACCACUCGCUGCUGCCCCAGGAGUUCGGCUUCGUCGGACUCCCCAAGUUUGUGGACAUCCAGCCCAACGAUGGGUUCGGGACAAUCCUGCCCCUGGAGACCAUGCAGCUGGAGGUCACCUUCCAGCCCACGCGGGCCAAGGAGUACAGCUUCGAGCUGGUCUGCAAGUCUGAGAUUAACCGGUGCUUCAAGCUGUCCUGCCGAGCCGUGGGAGUUCACCCGCCCCUGGAGCUGUCCCACUACCACAUCAAGUUUGCGGCCACGGCGCUGUACGACACGUCGGUGGCCACGGUCUACGUGAUCAACUCGCACCUGAGCAUGAACUCGCUGACCCACUCGGUGCCGCGCAUCGGCUCGGAGGAGGCCUCCCCGGUGGGGCCCACGUCUUUCGAGUUCCUGCUGCCCCCGGACUCGCCCAUCACCAUCUCACCCUCGGUGGGGACCGUGCUGCCGGGAAAGAGGUGCCUGGUCCAGGUGGCCUUCCGGCCCGUACUACCCAAUGAUCUGAUCCGCCAGGAGGCCCUCCAGACCCUGAGCAAAGAUACGGAGUCCAAAUCGCUCCGGAAAGACACCAUCACCCAGAGGAAGGAGUUCCGGAGACAGUCCCUGGCCCCGAUGCGCCUGCAGGGCCGCGACCGCUACCGGCCCUCCAUCUCCCACAGCCUGGGGCUGCAGAGGCAGGAGCUCAAGGCCAGUGCCGAAGAGUUCCAGGCUGCCCAGGCCGCGCUGGCCAGGGCCUUCCAGGGCAAGUUCAACAAGUUCGUGGUUCCCUGUGUGGUCGCCAGCGGCGACAUCAAGGACAGGAAGGGAGCAGAGCCCCUGACCUUCAGCCCCCACAACACCCUGUACCUGGAGCUGUGGUGCCCGACGGUGGCACCGCCCAUCGUGGUGACGUCCGACAAGGGCAAGACCGUCUUCAACUUUGGCGACGUCGCCGUAGGACACCGCAGCAUAAAGAAGGUCUCCAUCCGGAACAUCUCCUCCGAGGACCUCGCGGUGGAGUUCUCGCUGCUGAACCCCAACGGCCCCUUCGUCCUGCUGAAUCCCCUGAGCAAGCUGCAUGCGGGGGAGACCCAGGCCCUGGUGCUGUGCUUCUCCCCCCACGAGAGCACCCUGGCUCAAGAAACGCUGGACGUGGCCACCAAGAGAGGCACCCUCACCCUCACCCUCCUGGGCACUGGCGUGGCACCGCUGAUCACGUGCUCUGUGGACGGCGGCGUUCUCAACAUGGGCUACGUGAUCGCCAGGGAGUCGGUCUCCUCGACCUUCAAGCUGCAGAACGACUCCUCGCUGCCCGUCAAGUUCUCGCUGCGGCUGGAGAGCCUCUCGCACACCAGGGCCCAGGACCAGCAGCAGCUGCCGCGGUUCCUCGCCUCGCCCGCCCAGCGGACGGAGAUCGUGGGCUCUCAGAAUCUGAGUGGGCAGAGCGUGUUCAGCGUGGUCCCCGCCGAGGGCGUCCUGGAGCCCGGCAGGGCGCAGGACUUCACGGUGACCUUCAGCCCGGACCACGAGAGCCUCUACUUCUCCGACAGGCUCCAGGUGGUGCUCUUCGAAAAGAAAGUCUCCCACCAGAUCCUGCUGAAGGGCGCGGCCCGCGAGCACAUGAUGUUCGUGGAGGGCGGAGACCCCCUGGACGUGCCCGUGGAGUCUCUGGCCGUGGUCCCUGCCUUGGACGCCGAGCACAGGGAGGGUGAUUCCCAGCCAGGCCCUCCCUGCGCAGACACGGAGGAGCUAAAGCACCUGCUAGUGACCUUGGACUACGUCCAGUACGACACAGACUCGUCGGCCCCACCUGCCACGCGAGAGCUGCAGGUGGGCUGUAUCCGGACCACCCAGCUGUCCCCAAAGAAGAUGGUGGAGUUCAGCCUGGACAGCGUCACGGCCCUGCAGCACAAGGGCUUCUCCAUCGAGCCCUCGCGGGGCGUGGUGGAGCGGGGCCAGACCAAAACCAUCAGCAUCUCCUGGGUGCCACCUGCCGACUUCGACCCGGACCACCCACUCAUGGUGUCAGCCCUGCUUCAGCUCAGAGGGGGUGUGAAGGAAACCUACAAGGUCAUCUUCGUGGCCCACGUGGUGACCAGCCCCUGAGCCACAGGAGCCUCUGCACAGAGUCCCCGGGACCCUCGCCCAGGGACCUGGCAUCCAGAAUCCACCGCUGCCCGGCCUCACAGC